CCACCUAUAUGUGACGUCACAUGCCCUUCUCGUCCACUCACUUUCGUUUCAUCGCUGAGCGCGGGACCGCCUGACUUCUCAGUGGUUUACUAGCCCACAUUUAUGUCCAACCUUCUACAGGUACCGGGAGUAUUUUGCAAACGUCUCCCAUCUUACUCUAGGUUCAUCCAUAACUACUACAGGUAGCAAUCAGAGCUGGACGUUAAGGGAAAUCCUAUCCAGUUGAGACCCCAAGUGGGCCUAUAUUAAUUUUACUCUUCAUUUGUUUACUUCUCUCAAGCGUUUGGAAGGAAGAGAGCUUGGUGCUACGUUGUUAUAUUUCUUUCUCUCGAACUUACUCUUUGGCAUCAACGAUGCCGAAAGUGUUCUUAGUGCGCAAACUUCGUCAACAUUGGAAGACUGCAGCAUCUGGAAUUGUCACACCACCUCCAAGUCCAGAACAGUCCACAAAUACACCGCCGGCCUCAAAGCCUGAAGAACCACAUAUUUCUUCAAUUUCUGACCUUCCCCCGAGAGCGAGAUGGACAGAAACAUGGCAAAAGCAAAGAAUACGAGCAGAAGGUGGCAGAGGCGAAGCUGGAACCACUCCUCCAGUAUCACCCAGCAACCCUCCAUCUCCUAAUGUAAAUUCGGAAAGAGGCCGUCCACAUUUAACAACUUCUGCACAUUCAGAUCCUUUGCCAAUUCUUCCUAAGGAUGAAACUUCCAUGGAAGAACCAUCAUCAUCCAGUUCAACUCCGCCUCCAGUGAGACCAGCAUACAUGGCCGUGCCUGUAAUUCAAAGUAUAGCCACCCAAGAUCGCCCAUUAGACUACCAUGUUCCAAGAGUUAGACGUCAGAUUUCCCAGGAAAGUGAAUCUGACGAAAUACCAUUUCCCCAAAAUUCUGUGCAUUUAAACCAUGAACGAGAUCACAUCAAAGUGCAGCAAUAUCAUUCGCAAUCCAAUGUUCAAAUUCCCGAUUCACAGGAGGACUCUCAUCUAGACCCUUACCAUUUCGAAAUGCGUCCGAUGUCUCCAGGUGAUAGUGACAGUAACUCAUCCAGAUCGCCAGACAGUUUAGUGGAUGAGAGAGAGAGAGGAGAGAAAAUGGCUAUGAUUCCUUCAUUGCCUGUUCGUCUAGCCCUGCUGCAGCAAAGGCUUGGACUUCCUACCGAUGUUCCUUUAGAGUUUGUUAAUGGAGGUCAUGGUAUAAAAAAUCCCCUUUUGCAGAGGAGUCACAGACAUUCCUCAUCUGCCCAAGAGAUGGCGCCACUUCCAUCGCCUUGCGAGGAAAUUCUACCUGCCGGAGAAAUAGAAGCGGGAAGGCUAAGCUGCAGAGUUUGUGGGAAAACAUUUGGAUUGCAAAGAUUAUUGAACAGGCAUAUGAAAUGCCAUAGUGAUAUGAAGCGGUACCUUUGUACGUUUUGUGGCAAGGGAUUUAAUGAUACAUUUGACUUAAAGAGACACACCAGGACACACACAGGAGUACGCCCAUACAAGUGUAAUAUGUGUGAAAAGUCAUUUACGCAGAGAUGUUCUUUAGAGUCCCACACAUUAAAAGUUCAUGGUAUUCAGCAUCAAUAUGCUUAUAAAGAACGAAGAGCCAAAGUAUAUGUUUGUGAAGAAUGUGGACAUACUACAACCGAGCCUGAAGUACAUUAUGUUCAUUUAAAACAGAACCAUCCAUACAGUCCAGCUUUGCUUAAAUUUUAUGACAAACGUCAUUUUAAAUUUUCUGAUGGAUCAUUCCCACUGGGUUUAUUGAGAGUACAUUCAUAAAAUUUGGCAGAGUUGUGUUGUGAAACCAUGUAGAUUUCAUUCAGGACAGACAUUAUUUUAUGCUAGUUGUAAUGCUUCAGUUUUCCAUGCCUAUAUAAGAAUUUAAGAAUACUAUGUUUUUAAUGAUGGAAAUUGUUUCAUAGCUUAGUGUAUUUCUCCUAGUGGCAGUUUCUUUAGGUAUAUUUUAUUUUAAUAUAUUUAUUAAUGCAGUGAGGUGUUAUUUCAUAUUUUUGAGUUGUGUAAUUUUUUUGUAUAUAAAAUUUGAGCUAUGAAUAUGAGGAAGACUAAACCUCCAUCAUUAGUUGAUAUUACUAAGAUUAUAAUAAUCUAACAAAUAUUUAAUAAUAUAUUGCAUGCUCUUUAAUGAAGCCUGAAAUUAUUUAUCAGAACAGUUAAAAAAAGUUUUAGAAUAGAUCUAAAGUAGGUGAAAAUGGUUCUGUUUUGUAGGAUUGUCUAUACUUUAUUUAAUCAAAAAUGAAUUGCUAGUGAUUAUUUAUCAAAAGAGCAUUUUAAAAAUUUCUGUUUAAAAAGCUUUAAACAAAUGUAGUUAAUUUAAAAAUUGAUAAUAUUUAUUUUGCAUUUUGUUUAAUAAAUUUUUAUAAAUAUAUUUUUAAAAAAAUUUUUAAGAUUUUAUUGUGCUUUUAUAAUCAAGCAUUCUGUUAAAAUUACUUUUGUUUGGACAGUCUAGUCGUACUGUAGAUCUGUACACUGAAGCUACUGAGCCUUUAUAAUCAAAAUCUUCUGAAACUCCACUGUAGCAUUUUAAUUGCUGUAUUUUUAUGUGAUGCUUUUUCAGUAAUUAUGUGCUUACUCUUGAUAUAGUAUGAUGGUUAUUGAAUAUGCAUAUUUAUGUAUUAUUUUUAUGUGAUACAUUACCAUUGCUUUUGCUUUCAAAAGAAUCAAGUAAAAAUUAUCACCAACAUUUUUUCUAAGCAUUCUGAAUAAUUUGGUUGCAUACUUGCAUCUUCCAUGUAAAAAAGGCACAAAUCAUUGCUGUUGAAUGCAUUUUAGCAGCAUUUACAUCUGGCACUAAAUAUGUUCCUUUUUUAAAAUGCUCAAGUGGUAGGUAGUUUUGUUGCGUUUUUUAUGUUCACUGUAAAUAUUUUGUACAAAUGUUGCGAUAAGUACAAACUAACGUGCUUUCACUUGUCUGUCUGUAUUAUGUUAUUUAAAUGAAUUGAAGCUAAUGUCUUUCGUAUUUGUAAUUCAUGAAUGUUUCUGUAUUAGCUGAGAGAAUUUGAUUAUGUUGCAAUAUCUCAUUAUGUUUUGCAAGUGUGACAUUGCUGGUCUUUUGAAUAUUUAUUUAACAUAAUUUCUUAAGGUUGUGUUGUUGAUAGUUAUAUUCAAAACUGCAAAGGUUUUUGUCAAAAUGAAAUUGAGCUUUCUUUGAAUAUUUAUUAGAAAAAUAAGUUUCUAAAACAAACUUCGUAUUCAAAUGACAUAAGACUUAAGAGUUUACUGUACAAAGCUUUCAUGAAUAUUUUCAGAUGGCCUAUUAUAGAUUAAAAAUACUAUUAUUAUUUUCAAUUCUGUGAAUUUCAGUUGUGCUUGAGAAAGAAGUAAAAACUAAAUGAAAAAUAUAUUGUUUCCAUUUAUUCAGAACAAGAUUAUGAAAGAGUAUAAAUUCAACUUUGCUUGAAUUAAAAUGUUUACUGUUAUACAGUAUAAUUUGUUUGCUGUUAGUGUCUGAUUUUGGAGCUUUUUAACUAAUCAGCUGUAAAGAAUCAAAAGGUGUGGCAGACUGCCUUUCUGUGGGAGCUAUGUGGUUAAGGAUUGCUCAUAAAAUGUGUAUUCUGUAUAGUUUUAGAACAGAUUACCAUAAGCUUUUGGGGAUUUGUAUUUAUUUGUGGGGAUUAAAACUGGAUUUAUAUGAAUAGGUAUGUAACACUGUAAACUUCACAAAAUCAAACUGUGUUAACCUAUUCUGGAUAGUUGUACAGCUACAACACUGCCCAGUAAAAAGUUUAUACUAUUUUAAAUCUUCCGGAUAGUGGUUCACUGAAAAUAUAUAGAAAAUUUUAUUUAUACAAAAAGAUUUGUAAUACUCAAAGUGCACUUAUAUUAUGGAUUUUCAAUAUUUAUAAGAUUACUGUGAUUAUUUUCAGUAAUGUCUGUCUAUGUUUAGACAAUGAAUAUGAUAUAUAUUAUUGUAAAUGAAUUUCUUUUUUGUGUUGAAUAAAGUCUAUUUUUGAUUUCCUAUAAAUUAUAUAUGAGUACAAAUUAAAAAAAAAUAUGGCAAGUAGAAUAAAAACCAAGUGCAUAAUUUAGAUUCAGUGAGAAGUUAUUUACUUGUAAAUUUGUUGUAACUUGUGAUGAACUUGAUAAAGAGUGCCUUUCUUUUGAUAUAAAUUAGAUUUCUAUCUGCCAAAUGACAAAAUGAAGUUAUUUAAAUGUAGUAAUUUAAUUUGAUUUAAUUCUAGUUUCUUGUAAGAAUUGAAUUUUAGAAAAUUCUGAAGAAAAAGUUAUUUUUAUAUAAAUGUUUUAUUUUUAUGAUAUGA